CACAUCGUGUACGGCGGCGAGCUUGCUGGUGCGGUUCUCGCACUGGACAUAAUCGCAUCGGUACCGCGGCUGACGCGCGCCACUAUCUUCAUUGACAACACCUCUGCGAUCCGGGCGCUCCCGAGGCGUGCUGCGCGAACCGGCCAGCACCUCGUGAAGCUCUUCAAUUCCCGCCUCGCAAGUCUGCGCAGGCAGCGUAGGACCCUCACCAUCGGGGUUCAGUGGUCCCCAGGCCACCACAACAUCUGGGGCAAUGAGCUAGCAGACGAGCUCGCCAAAGCGGCUGCUGAGGGGACGACGAGGGAUCUGCCGGACUCCCUCCAGCAUCUGCGUGCUCUUCCGCGGAGUGUGGCGGCAGUACGGCAGCAGUACAGG